UUUGGAUCGAGAUAAGUUCUUAUAGAAUGAUGAACUAUGAUGCAGCUGAUGCUUUUUGUAAGAAACACGAUAUGGUCGUCGCUAAUAUAAAAGACAAAGAAGGAUACGAUGCACUGGUGAAAGCUAUACGAGCAAAGAUACCGGAGGGAGAGUUUAACGUAUAUAUUUGGAUUGGAACGACUGUCGAUUUAAAGACAGGCAAAACGACACCACAAAAUGUAUUUACAAAAUGGAAAAUAGCAUUUCCAAUAAAGUACGAUGAUCCUUGGCUGUCGUCUUUCAGUAAUGUCAUACUUGUUGUCGAUGCUGAUCUGGAUACAUCUACAGGAAUGCGAGAUUGGCAUAGCCGUGUUAAUGGUGUAUUAUGCCAGAUGUCGAAUUAAUUUCAAUAAUACUUUGUAGAGUUUGAUGUAUUAAGUCUACAUGAAAACUGCAAUGUUAAUUUCUUCAUUCCCUUUUUUGUAUUAUAUCAAUUUUGCAUUGGUGGCCUUUUAGGGCGUGUUCUGAAAAUUUUAAACAUGUUUGACUCAUAUAUAGGGUUACCAUAUUUUUUUUACUUCA